AUGGCCCAAGGAUUCACCAAAAUCCCACUUGUCGGUGCUAGCUGUGAGCUUGGGCAGCAUAUCCUUCAUCAUUUACAAGAAUGUACCACAUCAAAAUUUGAAGUUGUUGUGCUUCGACGCCUUCAUGCCACAGGACGGGGCCGCGAGUCGCAGCCAGGAAACGUCGACGUGAUUGUCAAGCAAGUAGACUAUACGGAUCACAACAUGCUAGUCAAUGCUCUUCGCAUAAUCGAAGUCAUUGUUUCCGCUCUCAGUGCUGUUGCUGCAAUUCAAAUAGACCCGCUUCUGCUAGAUGCUGGCAGAGAAGCUAGCGUCAGGAGAAUCUUUCCGUCAGAGUACACUUUAGAUAUCUUACACAAGUCUGCUAUGACUACGAUGGGCAAGUCAAAUCCUCGAGUGAAAAACGCCAUGUUAUUUGCCUCUUUAGCAGGGGCCGAUUCUAUUUCAUCUACGACCAUCUUAUCUGGCAUGUUCGUCCACUUCGCUUUGAGAGGGCAUCAUGACAAUUACUAG